AUGUCUAGCAACACACCAUCCAGAACUYGCACUCCCAGCAAUAAUCGCAGCCCGACAGACGAGACCGAGCCCCUCAACAUCCACGGAGGCGGCAGGUUCUUCUCAGCCGAGCACAACGCCUGGAUAGACCGUCGUAACAACUGGCCAGCAGGGACUGCACUGAGUCUUUAUCAAGCCGAUGAACGUCUAGUCGCCGAAGCUCGCCGAGUGAUACGCGCCCAGAGACCUCCACCAUUCACCGGAGGACUCACGCCUCCCCCGCCAUAUACUAGAUAUCCUGGUCCGAUUUCACCCACAAGAGUCAUCAGAAAGAGAGUUGCCAGUGCCACCAAAAGGGCCACUAUCAAAAGGGCCGCAAUCAAAAAGGCCACUAGUAACAUCAGAAGGGCCUCGCGCGCUGAGACACGGUUCCCCCAUGAUGCCGGUCGGCCUGGCGCAAACCUUUCGACUAUCGAGGACAAUAUCGCCACUGUACAAAGGCGAAUGCUCGACGCGAUAGAUGGCUUGGGUGGAUGGGACGUAUUCGAGGCACGGGCCAGGGCUGACAUGGCAAGCCAUAAUGCCCGGCGUGAUGAGGCGAGGGGGACUGUCCGCUCUCCUAAUCACACUGCUAGACUUGCUGCGGAACGUCAGAGUCGGAUGAACGAGCAUAUGAAUACGCUACGCGAUGCUUAUCUCGCCAGAGAUAGACGACAAGCAGCGCCUGCCCCGUUAGGAGCAACUCGGACCUUGAGUGGGAGGGUGUCCAGACCCGCAAGGAGAAGGAGUUCCAGUACUUCGAUCACACGUAGGAGAGUAGCUGGCAUGGCUCUACCAAUUGAUGAUGCUUCCGAUGACGAGGAUUUGGAGAUAAUGAACGAAGAUUUGGAGAUAAUGAACGAAGAUCUCUUCCGCAGCCCGCCACGGGGUGGAAGUACCCGGCGGUCGCCUACAACCCCAAACAGCAGCGGGGAGCAAGGUGGGGUUGCACUCCCUUAA